AAAGAUUAAUGGCUGUUUAGAAAGAGAAGUGACUAAUUAAACUUACUUUUAAUGAUAAGAUUGAUUAUAAACUAUAACAUGUCAUCAGCACCUCUCUCUCUCUCUCUCCUGCUGCUACCAGUAUACGCAAUCUUUCUCUCUCUAAAUUACGCCAUUUUGAUCUAAAACACUCCAUCUUUUCAAGGAAUUUUGCUCUCUCAAGUAUGCAUAGAAUAUACAGAGGUAUGCAUAUGAGAGAGGAUGUUUCUAGAAAAAUAUAGGGGGAAAAGAAACUGUAGAACCCAGAAACAUUUAUUAGAUGUUUGGGUUAAUUGUCAGUUUUGUAAAUAAAUUGGAUUUGUAGUUGCAUUUUUGUGUUGACAGUGGGAAUCUAGGGUUAGGCCUGUUCAAAUAAAGAUAUGGAUUUGCACAGCUAUCCUCAUGGUGAACAUGGAAGAUUUGAGCAAAUAUUUAAUCAGUUUCUUCUAAAGAGCUUGCACAUAAUUUUGGAUUCAAGGGUUCCGAUGAACCGGCCGCCUAGCCGGGGAGGGGAAAUAAGGAAGAGCGAUAGAUGGUUUAAUUUAGUGUUGGGGGAUCGCCCUGCAGCUAUGGAUAGCUUAAGUUUUUGGAAUAGAAGUUUGAUGGAACCUAUGGUGAUCGAUAUUAUACUUGUUCAAGAAUUGCGUGAUUCCUUGUCAGAGCACGAUUCUCGCUCCUCUCUGACCACGGAGAUGUUCGCUGAGACGGUUAUAGAGAGGUGGGUAGUUCAGUAUGAGUAUCAAAGGUCUAUGGCUCCUCAAAUUGGUGAUGCCUUUUAUAAGAAGACAUACAAGAAAUCAAUCAUACUACUGCGCUCAGUUUAUUCAAUGCUGAGGCUCCUUCCAGCGUAUAAGGCCUUCCGUAAACAAAUAUCGUUUAAGCAGAACUGUGACUUUGAGAUCAAUUACAAGAUCUGCUCGUUUGGUUCUCCAUUGUCGAGAUCAGAGGAAGAAUCAAUGAAGAACUAUUCUUUUAUUCCUAUUGACGCCCAACAAGGUCGCCUUUCUGUAUCUGUGAUGUACCGUGAAGAUCUAUCUGACUUUAAUCUAGAUUCUUGUGUAUCUCAUCCUAUUGAGAUCAUUACCGAUUAUGUAGGUAGCCCUCUUACUGACCCUAUGAGGGCAUUUCCUUGUACCUCAUCUGAGAAGGGUCAUUCUACAUCCUUCCAGACAAGAGGGAGGCAAUCAGGUCCUUCUUCACCAUUUCAACGACCUCACAGCUGGUCCAGUGGUCUCCAAAGGGAGCUUUCGCCACAACAGGGCCAACCUUAUAGUGCAUCUCCACCAUUAUAUCGGUCACCGUACGAGUAUUCAGCGUCUCCUACAGAUACGUACAUCCAGAGAAACCCAAACCAAAGGCUCCCGGCUAAUCAAAAAGCACCAUGUGAUGAAAUACUUUCCCCUCCAUUCUCAUCAUCUCCUUCUCCAUCCCCCCCUACAAAGAGUGUAAUUCCUUUUCAUAAUCGGCGUCAUCCAGAAACUGCUCCAAUGAGUAUUCCUCAUCCAAUGAUGGCUAGAAGUCCUAGAUACCUUUCUCCUAAUUUGUCCGAUCCAAGUAGGCACUCUCUUCCACCUCUAUCACCGAGGAAUACAAAGUACGACUCAUCAUCCCAUGAAUCACCAUCUGGAAUCAGGUCAAUAAGGAGACUGGACUCAGCCAGAACUGGAGAAUUGAGCAACACUCCAACAAAUGCUGGUCCGAGGUUAUCUCGAGACUCAAAAGAGGAUUCUGGACGGUUUUCAAGUUUGCUGUCUUCAAGUAGUUCUCCACGUGUUGGAUUCUCAAGGACCUCCAGUCGAUUGUCUUUCCAGGAUGAUUUUGGUGACUGUGAUUGUCCAUUUAUUGUGGAUGAUGUGGAUCCUCCUGAUAACCAAACAAGUCCAAAUAUCGACGGAAGAAACAGUUCGGAAGUCUCUUCACUAGCACCCUCAACAAUGAAGAAGUCGCAGGACGCUGCUGUCGGUGCCCUCGUUCACAUGCUGAAGACAGCUCCUCCUCUCCGUCAAGAAUCCUGUUACUACAACACUCAGUCAUCUAAGACUGAGCUCGAGGGAGAAGUUGGAGCUGCUUCCGAGUUUUUUAAGCCUCGAAAAACGUCAGAUGCCUUUGAAGAACUCAAGGUUUACAGACAAAUGAAAGAUUUGCUACUUUCCAAGAGCGCAGCUCAUCUGGUCAGCAAGGAAAAAACCGAGUUCUGACCACCUUUGUGUUGUAUCAUUGUUUUUUUCAUUUAAGGCUGUAUCAUUGUUUUCUAGAUAAGGUAACUUCUACAGUUGAUUAAUUUCCUUUAGAUAAAUUAAUUUGAACUAAUUAUCCA